UUCUCUGUCGUUUUGUAUGCUUUUCUCUCUCUCACACAUCUUCUCUCUCUUUAUUCAUGCAUUCAUUGAUAUCAAUGUACUGUGUAGCUGUUGUUGAUUGAAAGACUUGGAAAGGGCCCAAAAUUCAACAUCAGAGUGCUUAUUGCGUUAUCUGCUUUUAUUUUAAUUUCUUCUGUCUCUGACUUAUCUGUCUUUGCACCAUCCUCUCCAUUUCUUCGACUUCUGCUUUCCCACAAGUGCUUGCAUCGCUCCCUCUCUCUUUAUUCUCUUUUUAUCUACUUUCAUCUCACUCCAUAAGUGGUAAAAACUAAAAAAAAAACUACUUUGAUUACUCACACGGACUCUCUCUCUCUUUUCCCAAAACAGUAGUACUAUGUCCUUGAAGCUCACUCGAGAAUUUCAAGAUACCAUGUGAAGCAUUAUCCGGUUAUCAGCAGUUUUUCUGUGGUAGUACAUAUUGGCCCAAGUACUUCACUAUAUCACCCAGUCAUGAUACCUCCAAAAUCCAAUUUGGAUUUCGAAAAUGAUUCAGAAGUUAGUAGCCAAGUAGCAUCCAACUUACCUAUGCAUGCACCGUCCCCCGAUCCAUCAAAGGAAAGCACCACCCCUUCUUCUUCUCUCACAGAUCUCAUUAAGAUUCAAGAGAAUCCAGUGCCUGUUUCCCUUGAUUUAUCACUCCAUUUCAACUCCAGUGAAAUUGAGUUGAAGGGAACAGGUGAGACUAGCAGUGAAGUGGCUGCCCAUGCUCCAAACACAACCAUCCCAAGAGUUUUCUCUUGCAAUUACUGCCGCAGAAAGUUCUACAGCUCACAGGCACUUGGUGGUCACCAAAAUGCACAUAAGAGAGAGCGAACAAUGGCAAAGCGAGCAAUGCGUAUGGGAAUACUUUCAGAUAGAUAUACUAGCUUGGCUUCUCUUCCACUUCAUGGUUCUGCGUUUCGGUCUCUUGGGAUCAAAGCCCAUGCUGCGAUGCACCAAAGUCUCAUACAAUCUCAAACGCCUGCUAAUACAAGAGGUGGAGCUAGGUUUGGGCAAGGCUAUUAUGGAAUGCCGAUGUUCAUGGAAGAAGAUGAUGUGGGUUCAUAUUGGCCUGGGAGUUUUAGGCAGGUUGAUGAGGAUGUUGGUGGUAACUCGGGAUUAGAGUUUGCUCAAAGUCCAAAUAUGAAUUUUGAAGCAAGGGCACCACCAUCAAGGACAGAUUCAUCAGCACCUGAUCUUACCUUGAAGCUCUGAAUUCCAUUUACUUCUUUGAAUCUUAUUUUUCUAUUAGACAUGCUACUCAUAACAGUCUUCACUUUGUACAGUGAGAUAUGCAUCAGCAAUGGCUAUGAGCUUUCUAAUUUUCAUUAGAACUUUGCUCUCUAUCUCUUUAUUGUUAUCAAUUUUUUCUUAUUGUUGUGUCUUAUUUUUCUAUCAAACAAGCUACUCAUAACAGUCUUCACUUUGUACAGUGAGAUAUGCAUUGGAAAUGGCUAUGAGCUUUCUAAUUAGAA